AUCUAUCUCUCUCCAAAAGCAAAAAACUCUAGAGAGAGAAAAUGUAUGGAUGCAUAGAUCGCAUCAUCGCAGAGAGAAGACAAAAACCCUCAAAAGAAGAAAAAAAAUGAAAUCAAAAUAAAUAGGCACACAAAAAGUGGAAAAGGAAAGCAAAGUGAAAGAAAAAGAGGAGAGGAGGAAGCAUAAAAGCGGUUGCCGGUGUUAUUCAGUUGGUUGAUGGUGGAUAAUCAACAAGGCGCGUUGCAUCUUCCCAGGGGCAGAUUCGUCAUCCCGCGCAUCCACCCCAUGCUAGCCGGCGGCGCCGCGGCGGUCCAAGCCAUUGGGAGCAGAAUCGGCGAGCUGAGCAGGGUGGUCUUCAUCGGAGGCGGCGGCGGUGGACUACUCUGGAGGGAUGCGGCGUCCAACGGCGGCCUGACCCUCGCCAUCACGGCGUUUGCUGGCAUCGCCUUAGCCGCCGCAGUCUUCUACACUUCUAGGGGUCGCCUUAAAUCCCCAUGGUCCCGGAGGAAAAGGAAGCAUAUACUCUCACCUCAGCAGUGGAAAAGUUUGUUCACUCCAGAUGGAAAGUUUCGUGACAAUGGAGUUAAAUUCCUGAAAAAAGUUCGAAGCGGAGGUGUUGAUCCUAGUAUUAGGGGAGAGGUUUGGCCGUUUCUUCUCGGAGUCUAUGACCUGAGAAGUACCAAAGAAGAAAGAGAUACUACUAAGGUCCAGAACAGAAAGGAAUAUGAGAAACUACGGAGGCAGUGUCGCCGGCUCCUUAAACAUAUCUGUGAACCUUGUAAGUUAAAUGCAAAUGGUGAAACAAGCAAUGUUGGUGGUGGAAGUAUCACUGAAGGGAUGGAUUCUCCUUGCUCUGAAGAGGUGGUGAGUGCCAGAGAAUCUCUUUCGAGUGAGGAAGCAUUCGAUAAUAAUGAGGAGGAAUGUCAUACCACCAGCUCAAUCAUGGAUGAAUACGAGGGUUCAAAGAGAAUUACAGAUUCCAACGUCACCUCUGACUCAGAAUCCUCAGACUCUGAAUCCUCAGAUGAUCCUGAUUUAAGUCAAACUUUCGACGUAACAGAAAGCAAACAGGACCAGGACCCUGAAAAUGACAUGUCCUCAAAGGAGGAUUCGUCUCCUUUAAGCACGGAUGUUCAGUCUCAACCCUUCAGUAGGGAAAAUUUUGCCACCUGGCAGCGAAUUAUCCGGCUAGAUGCUAUUCGGGCCAAUGAGGAUUGGAUAUCAUACUCCCCAUCACAGGCUACGGUGACAGAUGCAAAAGCCCAUCGCGCUGCUGAAGCAGUGAGGCUGAAGGAUUAUGAACAUCUCAUUCCUAGCAGGAUCUGCCAUGCUGCUCGUUUGGUAGCCAUUCUUGAAGCCUAUGCAAUGUAUGACCCUGAAAUAGGCUAUUGUCAGGGGAUGAGUGAUCUUCUUUCUCCUAUAAUAGCUGUGGUGACAGAGGACCAUGAAGCUUUCUGGUGCUUUGUGGGUUUCAUGAAGAAGGCUCGUCACAAUUUCCGACUUGAUGAAGUGGGAAUCAGAAGGCAGCUGAACAUCGUCUCAAAAAUCAUCAAGUACAAGGACUCACACCUCUACAGGCAUCUCGAGGAACUCCAGGCUGAGGAUUGCUUCUUCGUAUACAGGAUGGUGGUCGUGCUCUUUAGAAGGGAACUAACUUUCGAGCAAACUCUAUGCCUCUGGGAAGUCGUGUGGGCGGAUCAGGCUGCAAUCAGAGCUGGUAUAGGGAAGUCUGCUUGGAGCGGGAUCAGGCAGCGGGCCCCUCCAACCGAUGAUCUCUUGCUCUAUGCAAUUGCAGCUUCUGUCUUGCAAAGGAGGAAGCAAAUCGUGGAAAAAUACAACAGCAUGGACGAGAUUCUUAGGGAGUGCAACUCGAUGGCAGGGCAUCUCGAUGUGUGGAAGCUUCUGGAUGAUGCGCACCAGUUGGUUGUCAACCUCCAUGACAAGAUCGAGACUCGUUGAGUAUGUAAUUUGUUCCCUCUAAUUAUUGCUGAGUCUAUCGUGGAAGAAUUUCUCCGUUAGUCGUUUCUUGGAAAGCAGCAAACUUUGGUGCUUGUUUUUGGGAAGUAGCAAAGCUCCGAGGCAACUCGUAGGGGUCUUUGAUAGAGGCAAUUUCCGAGUAGAAAUCUUUGAUUCCAUCUGUAUCUCUACAAUUGGAAAUUUUCAGCUGAAGCUUAUUCAUGUUAUGACUAUUUAAUCAUCAAACCUGUGAGACCUUAAAAUGGUUGUUUUA